CAACAGUGGUUUCCCCUUAAACCCUUCUGUCAUCAUCUCCUCUAAAUUUUUCCGGCGAACACUUCACCGGAACUCGGCGACGGAAUCAGAAUCUUCCUCUUUUGACAUGAAAUCAUGAAUUUGAUCUCUAGAACAUUGACAAGAGUAGUGUCUUCGUCACUUCACCACUCGAGAGCAGCGAAACUCCCCACCCGAAAAUGGCUACUCUCGCGGCGAAUCCGCUCAUUCACAGCCACAAUCAGCAGCGAGGAAAUCGACGGUGGAGGAAUUGAGCCUUGGGCUAAACCGCCGGAGAAAAAAUUGGCUCGGCCUGAGAUGAUUGAGUACAAACCGGAAUCAUCGAAUUGGGUUAACCUGAUUGGAUUCGUGGAUCAACCCGUUCAAUUCGGGUCUUGCCCCGACGGAAAUUCCUGGGCUGGGACCGUUAUCUCUCAACGCUCCGGUGUUAAAUCAUCUGAUUUCUGGAUCCCGAUUAUAUUCAAGGGUGAUAUAGCUAAAAUCGCAGCUCGGCAUGUGAAGAAAGACGAUCGGAUUCAUGUUUCUGGGAAGCUGUUUAUAGAUUCGCCUCCUCCUAAUGUGACUUAUCCUCAAUCCAAUGCUCAGAUUAUGGUCCAGAAUCUCAACUUUGUAGAAGCUACGAUCUCACCACCUCAAGUAAAAGAAAUCAUCACCAAGAAGAAGCCUUCAAGAUCCAAGAAGGUUAGAGUCAUGGAUGAAGAAACGUCUAAUGCGUGGAAGCAUCUACUUGAGAAUCCUAAAGAGUGGGUGGAUCACCGUGGGAAUAAAGCCAGUGGAUUGGUGAAACCAAGACAUCCCGACUUCAAGGGCAAGGAAGGUGAUCUUUCUCUCUGGCUUGACAGUGCUCCGGAUUGGGUUUUACAAAAACUCAACAGGCUUAAGUUUGAUGUUUUUGUCCCUAAAGGAAAACUGAAACAACUUAAAGGAGAGGAAUCUUGGAAGGACUUAGUUGAGAACCCCGAUAAAUGGUUAGACAGUAGAUCAACCAAGACAAACGUGAAAGCCCCUGACUUCAAGCAUAGAGAGACUGGUGAAGCACUGUGGAUGACAGACUCUCCUACUUGGGUACUGUCAAAGUUACCGCCUUUAAAGAAGACCCAAGAACGACCUCAAAUUGUGAAUACUGUUUCACAGCCAAUACUGAAACAACUUAAAAGAGAGGAAUUUUGGAAGGACUUGGUUGAAAAUCCAGAUAAAUGGUGGGACAACAGAUCAAAGAAGACAAACGUGAAAGCCCCUGACUUCAAGCAUAAAGAGUCUGGUGAAGCACUGUGGAUGACUGCCUCUCCUACUUGGGUCCUGUUAAAGUUACCACCUCUAAAGAAGAGCCAAGAACAACCUCUCAUGGCCAAGACCGUCUCGCAGCCAAUAUUGAAACAACUUAAAAAAGAGGAAGUUUGGAUGGACUUGGUUGAGAAUCCAAAUAAAUGGUGGGACAACAGAUUAGACAAGAGAAACGCUAAAAGCCCUGACUUCAAGCAUAAGGAUACUGGUGAAGGCCUGUGGAUGAAUAAUUCUCCGACUUGGGUACUGUCAAAGUUACCACCUUUAAAGAAGAAUCAACAAAGACCAGUCAUGGCCUAAGUUUGUUUUGCAGCCUUAUUUAAACAUUACAUUCCCAUGUUGAUUGUUUUGGUCACCCACAAUGUAAAAAGGGCGUAUGACUUUGUUUCUACAUAAUUUAACUUUAUUUAGUGGAUUAAGUCAU